CAGAUUUAAACAAGUAGUUUUGCCUUCCCCGAAUUUUACACACCAUGCUUUAUUGAUAUUUAAGUGCCGAUUCUAAUGUAAUCAAUGUAGCUGGUAGGUGUUGGCCCUUUCAGUGUGUCCCGUGAGAAAGCCGCUCUGAGCUGCAGAUUGUCUGAAUUAAGAUACAUGGAGCGGCUCCUGAAGAGGGAUGUUUCUAUUCACUUCUGGAGCAGAUGCAACUUGAACCGGGCUUCCUGGCCCAGAGCCAUGGAUAUUACCAUUGCACCACAAGAGCCCUACUGCUUAAUAAUAACAUUGUACUUGAUGAAUUCCUUCUCAUUCUUCGGUGUCACGGAUGAUGGCUGAGUCCGUCAGCGAUGGGAUUGAGACAUUGAUACGCGAUGAAUAAAACUGAUGCUGGAUUAAUGUUAGGGACAGUCAGUACGGGCUGACGGGCCAACUGCUGCUUCCUUCUUUGGAUCCCGGCUCCAAUCGGACAGCGUCUCACCGCCUGGCUGGGAAAUUCUACAAGCUAUCAAAAGAAAUCACGAGUGAAAGGAAGAAUCACGUUUAUUUUGCCAAGUUGAGACUACAGCGAAUGUCUAGACUCUCUUGGAACAAUUCGAUUUAAAUCCUGCUUGUUUUAUUUUCCUAACAAACGUGCCAUAUCCUUUAUGGAUGUUCUGAAUUUGAACUGGACAGUGAAUUACCGUUCUAUAUAAAACAUCUAGAAAUCCCGUUCUCACUUUUAACAGAUAGUUUUUUCGCAAAGCUUUUUAUUGGGAGUUUGUGGAUGUGUGUAUUUGAGAUUUGUUUGUAUUCUUUAGCACAUGUACUCCUUGGGCUUUCGUUACAACGAAGUUUAACUGCUUAAGAAGUUUCAUCUGCUUGAAAAGUGAGAAGAGAAAACGAGCGGUGUCUGGUAUCAAGCCUACCCAGAAGUAACGAAGAUAGGUGAUGACACUUUGGCGGAAAAAAUGCCGGUGAGGAAACAAGACACACAGCGUGCUCUACUGCUUCUUGAAGACUACUGUUCAAAGCUGAAGAAACCAGAAGAAAAACAACUUAAAAGUGCUGUUGAAAGAAUUAUAAGUAUCUUCAAAAGUGGCUUGUUUUUGGCACUACUGGAUAUCCAAGAAUUCUAUGAAGUCACGUUACUCAACUCUCACACAAACUUUGCACAGAAAACUGCCGAAGCCAACCAAGUAGUAGAAGAAUGGGAAGGGAGAAAUUCACAAGUGGUGGUCACACAAAAGAACAUCUCAGAGCCAGCUGGUACAGAACAAGACGCAACAUUAACAAGAGUGAAAGAUGAAACUGAUGAACAGGAAGGAGAAUUGCCCGCAAAAUUGCAAGAACAAUGGGACCGUGCCCAGAACUAUCAUUAUCAAGAUGAAGCUACAUCUCCACAUGAAUAUAGCUUACCACAGCUAACCAAUGAAGUCAAAGGCCCCGAGCUCGUUCAUGUGUCUGAGAAGAAUUUAUCACAGGUUGAGAAUGUUCAUGGAUAUGUGUCACAUGCUCACAUAUCUCCAUUAAAGGUUUGUCCCUGUGAUGUCCAAGCCCAGCUGCUUGACUUGACUGACAUGGAAGAACAGCCAUGUGAUCUGGAGCUUGAAGAUGCUGUGAACUUUAAAGAAGGCACAGAAUCUCAUCAGGCGAGCCCUGCCCCCAUGAUUGUAAACACAGAAACACUGGAGACAGUCCCAUAUGUUAAUGGAACAGAAAUAGAAUAUGAAUUUGAAGAAAUCACAUUAGAACGGGGUAAUUCCGGCCUGGGAUUCAGUAUAGCUGGAGGUACAGACAACCCUCAUAUUGGAGAUGACCCUGGGAUAUUUAUUACAAAAAUUAUCCCUGGGGGAGCAGCAGCUGAAGAUGGACGGCUAAGAGUCAAUGACUGCAUUUUACGAGUGAAUGAAUUUGAUGUAUCUGAAGUGUCACACAGUAGAGCUGUAGAGGCCUUGAAAGAAGCUGGUUCGAUUGUACAACUGUAUGUGCGUAGACGAAGGCCGAUUUUGGAGACUAUUACAGAAAUAAAGCUCAUAAAAGGACCUAAAGGAUUGGGAUUCAGUAUUGCUGGUGGUGUGGGUAACCAGCAUAUCCCAGGAGAUAAUAGCAUAUAUGUUACAAAAAUAAUUGAUGGAGGAGCUGCACAGAGAGAUGGCAAUUUACAAAUUGGUGAUCGACUGCUUAUGGUCAAUAACUACAGUUUGGAAGAAAUAGCACACGAAGAAGCUGUAGCGGUGCUGAAACACACAGCAGAUGUGGUAUAUCUUAAGGUUGCAAAACCUACAACUGUUUACAUAAAUGACCCCUAUGGACCUCCUGAUAUCACGCACUCUUAUUCUCCUCCAAUAGAGAAUCACAUCCUUCCCUCCACUGGGAAUAAUGAUAUGCUGGAUUACAAAUCCUCGCUUCCACAGAUUACAUCAGGAAGAUAUUCUCCCCUUCCAAAACAUAUCCUCGGUGAAGAUGAUGAUAUCAGGGAACCAAGGAAAUUUGUGCUUCACAGAGGAUCUGGUGGAUUAGGCUUUAACAUUGUUGGGGGUGAAGAUGGUGAAGGAAUAUUCAUUUCGUUUAUCCUGGCAGGUGGCCCAGCAGAUCUCAGUGGGGAGCUGCGAAGAGGUGACCAAAUUCUAUCAGUAAAUGGCAUAGAUCUGCGUACUGCAACACAUGAGCAGGCUGCACUGGCUCUAAAAGGAGCGGGCCAGACUGUGACUAUGAUUGCUCAGUACAGACCUGAAGAGUACAGCCAGUUUGAGGCAAAAAUCCAUGACUUACGGGAACAGAUGAUGAACCACAGCAUGAGUUCAGGGUCUGGUUCCCUAAGAACUAAUCAGAAACGCUCAUUGUAUGUAAGAGCUCUAUUUGACUAUGACAAAACCAAGGACAGUGGUCUUCCAAGUCAAGGUCUCAGCUUCAAAUAUGGAGACAUUUUACAUGUUAUCAACGCCUCUGAUGAUGAAUGGUGGCAAGCACGAAUGGUUACACCUGAAGGAGACAGUGAAGAGAUGGGUGUUAUACCAAGCAAAAGAAGAGUUGAAAGGAAAGAACGAUCUAGACUUAAGACUGUAAAGUUCAAUGCCAAUCCUGGAGUGAUUGAUGCCAAAGGGUCAUUCAAUGACAAGCGUAAAAAGAACCUCAUCUUUUCACGAAAAUUCCCAUUCUGCAAGAACAAGGACCACAAUGAGCAGGAUACCAGUGAUCCAGAACAACAUGUUACUUCUAAUGCCAGCGAUAGUGAAAGUAGCUACAGGAGCCCAGAGGACUGCAUUCUUUCAUAUGAACCAGUUAUACAGCAAGAGAUUAAUUACAGUAGACCUGUCAUUAUUCUGGGUCCAAUGAAAGACCGAGUUAAUGAUGAUCUGAUAUCAGAAUUCCCAGACAAAUUUGGCUCUUGUGUACCACAUACCACAAGACCAAAACGCGAUUAUGAAAUGGAUGGACGAGACUAUCACUUUGUUACUUGUAGAGAUCAGAUGGAAAAGGACAUCCAGGAACACAAAUUUAUUGAAGCAGGACAAUACAAUGAUAAUCUAUACGGAACCAGUGUCCAGUCUGUAAAAUAUGUAGCAGAACAGGGCAAACAUUGCAUACUUGAUGUUUCAGGAAAUGCUAUAAAACGGUUACAAAUUGCUCAACUUUAUCCCAUUGCUAUUUUUAUCAAACCCGUUUCUGUGGAGUCAUUACUGGAAAUUAAUAAGCGCCUAACAGAAGAGCAAGGUAGAAAGACAUUCGAUAGAGCUCUGAAGCUGGAACAGGAAUUUGGAGAACAUUUUACAGCAAUAGUACAAGGAGAAACCUUGGAAUCGAUUUACAACCAAUGCAAACUAGCAAUUGAAGAACAGUCUGGGCCAUACAUUUGGGUUCCUUCAAAAGAAAAAUUGUGAAUCAGCCAUAGAUGUGAGACUGACAAGAAUUUCUGUUCAGAUAGUGAUAUUUAAUUUAUUUUUAAUUACAUUUUCAUCUGUAUCCAUUGCACAUAAUCAUGAAUACACUUUAAAUUAGAAGCUCAGCAGGAUGUUUCUGCACAGGACUGACCUGUAUUCUGGGGGAGGGGAUGACAAAACAACCAGGAGAAGAUUUGAAAAAGACAAAAAGACUUCUGGGACACCAAGGAGCGUCCAACAGUAUUUGUAUAUCCAAACCACAUAUGUAUAGAUCAUAAUUCUUGAAGAAGGUGUUUUAGCCCUUAUUGUGAUCAAGUGGACAAAGCAGGGAUGCCUGUACUUAGUUUUAUUCUCUGAUAGGGCAGUGCCCAGCAUUUCAACAUUCAGCCAGUUGUGUGAAUUGAUGAUUCACUAGAAAGCAAAAUCCUGCAGAUUUUGUAACUAUGCAGAUAGAAUUCAUCACAUAAAUUUUAUAAACAGUUUUAUUUUGAGAUUUAACAUUAUCUAAAGAUGAACUCACAUCUAUAAAAUCCAAAUACGAAACAUUUUCAAGCAUUUAACACAUUUUAGAAUGUGUUUAAUUUGACAACUGGUUAAAAUCAGAAUUAUCUUCAAUAUACAUUUUAAUAUUUAUAUGCAGAGGUUAUUGAAAUAAUUUAUAGUAAAGGAAAUAUAUUGCUGUAAAUUGUGAGGUCUAUUAGUCAUGUUUCAUGACAGCUCCAGUAUUGACUGGAAGUAUUAUUUUAAAGAAAUUUAGGGAGCAGGGCAAUUUGUGGCUGGUUUUCUGUGAUUAGAAUCUAAAUGUAUCGAUUAUCAAUUGAUUUGUGAAUAACAGUAAAUUCACUGCCAUCUCCAGCUGUUGCUUGUGAAAAUUGACUUACUUUUCUUCCUUUAUGAAAGAAGCAUGCAGCUUGAAAUUUUAACCUCUAUCUAAUUAGUCAAUGUUAAUUUGUGUGCUCUGCAUUACAAUUUGAAGAUUAAUAACUGUGGCUAAGUACAAUCAAAAAUGUCAUUGUGAUUUCCUACCUAGCCAUAGACAUGUUUUAUUCUUUUUGUUUGAUCCAAUUUAUUAUUUAGUUCUGUGUGGCUGUUUCUACUCUAAAGCUACUAUUGCAAUCCUUUGAAAUUUACCUAUUUUGCUUUUCAUUUCUUUUUGGUUGGCUGGAAUUUUAUCUUCUGUGUUAUUGAGUGAGUUGUACUGUACAAACUGCUGUAUUUAGGUGCACUGUAAGAUUAUGCUUAUCCUGUGCUGGUUUGAUCACAGUUAAGGUCAAUUUUAGUCUAUUUUACAGAAUUUGAAACACUCCAUACCCAUUAUAAGAGAUGUAAGCAAGCCAUUUUAAGCUCUGAAUAGAUAGAAUCAUCGAAUUGUUACAGCACUGAAGGAGGCAAAUCAGCCCAUUAUGCCUGUGCCAGGUCUCUGUGGGAGCCACAGAAAUCAUUCCACUCCCCUACCUUUUCCUGAAAUCCCUGCAAUUGUUUUCACAUAAUUAUCUAAUACCCUUUCAAAAGCUAUGAUUGAAUCUGCACCUACUACACUCUCAGGCAGUGCAUUCCAGAUCCUUGCCAUUUACUGGGAAAAAAAUUUUUCUUUAUUUCACCUUUGCCAUUCUCCUUAGAUCGUUGUACUCUAGUUUACAACUCUUCUGUCAAUGGAAACAGUUUCGCCCCUUUCUAUUCUGUCCAGAUCACUGUUGAUUUGAACACCUCUUAUCAAGUUUCCUCUCAGCCUUCCCUCCUGUCAGGAGAACAGCUCCAGCAUGUUCAAUCUGUCCUCAUUGUUGAACAUUUUAUGCUUGGAAUAAUUCUUGUAAAUAUUUCCAAUGCAUUCAUAUCCUUCCUAAAAUGUGAUGAUGAGAAUUGGACAUAAUAUUUCAACUGAGAUCAAAGCAGUGUUUUAUAAUGGCUUGCCAUGACAUUCUUGCCCGUAUGUCUUGUUAACUAAUUUCUCUGCUUUCUUCCAACUUCAAUGAUUUAUAAACACAAAAUCUCAGGUCCAUUUGCUCUUGCACCCCUUUUAGAAUUGCAUUCUUUAUUUUAUACUGUCUUUCUUUGUUUCUUUCCUGCCUAAAUAAAUAGAGCAUUUAUCUGACAAAGAACUCACUCACUUACUAACAAAUACUACAAAUACUGGAAACCUGAAAUGAAAACAGAAAAUGUUAAAAUUUCUGAGCAGUUGAGAAAAUAUUUCUGUGGAAAUAAGCAGCUUUAAUAUUUCAGGACAAUGACCGAUUGUUAAAAUAAUUAAUUAUUAUUUUUUAAAGAACAUGCGUCUUUGUCUUAUAAUUACCAUUCAGUUAUGCAUUACUGCACAAUAGGUAUUUAUAAACAUGAAUGCCAGGAUUGUGACUAGUAGAACAGUUUGGGGAGUAAUGGGUAUGGAGUAAACAAAUUGACCCAUCAGUGAAGCUUUCAAUUCAAUUUGACCAGCUAUUUGUAGAAAAUUUAUUAACUCUUGGUCCAUGAUGUUAGCAUUCUCAGGAGUUAAACUUACAGUACUUGGGUAUCACAGGACUUGAAUUUAAGCUCCCAUGGAGUACAGAAUUUUGUCAACCACUGAUACAAAAUAAAAUACUACAGAUGCUGGAAAUCUGAAAUAAAAGGGGAAAAGGUUGGAGAAACGCAACAGGUCAGAAAGCAUCUGCAAAGAAGAAAGUAAAAAUGAUCAUCUUUAGUCGGAUCAUAUUUUCUGUUCAAACAUAUAGUCAUUGACCUGAAAUAUUAACUUUCUCUUUCUCCACAGAUGCUUCCUGACUUGCUCAGUAUUUCCAUCAUUUUUUUUAUUUUUUUGUCAAUUGCUAUUGUUUCAUUUCUCUUCAGUCAAUGCACAUAAAAUUGAUACAGCUGAAAUCUCCAAAGCAAAAGUACAUACUUAAUGGGCGUGUACUUAAUUUAAGAAGUUCACAAAUGCACCUUUUCAUGAAUUUCUGAAGAUUUGAAAAGUAGUUUGAACUUAUAAUAUUAAUCACAAUCUAGACUUUCUUUGGAAUGACCAAUAUGCCAUUGUCCCUUCAUAUGAUCUUAAAUGAUUCUUUUUGUUGAGUUUUUGGGGUGGGGAGGGAGUCUUCUAGAUCCUAUAUAUUUUUACAGGAAGUGAAAUCAUCUGCCUCUACUUUUUUAAAAGCCCUAAUGAAAGUACUCCAAAUAUUCCACUGUGUCAAAAUCUGGGAACUUGAAGGGGCCAGGACCCAUUGGUCUUACCAUAAUUGGGUGCAUCAAUUAACCUGAAGAAUUUAAAGCUUUUGCACAUUUUGUAACUUUAAGCUGAAAAAUAAUGUAACUAGAGAGAAAAACCUUGUUUCAAAACUUGCAGAUUAUUCCCUGAAACUACCUGCUGUAGUUGGAUGAGACUGAAGAAAAAGCUCCACUGCUGGAAGAAACUCAUAGUUACCAGUUUAGACGAUCUCACAAAAAUAGAUUGGUUACCUGUUGAUUGUGGAUGAUCAUUUUUUUCUAUUCCAUUUAUGUAAAGAGAAAAGCACACUGAAAUAAAGAACUGGGCUGUAUAUUUAUCAAUAUAAAUAAGUAUUCAUGCUUGUUAGUGAUUUUUUUAAAAUUGCCCUUUAUUCAGAUAGAGACACCCUUGAUAUAUACUGCUUUUGAUCAGUUUCAUGUCUGUAUUUCAUGUUUCAUGUUGGAUGCACUACUUCACAAUGAACCUUCAAAACCUUAAUUCAAUAAAGCCACUUCUCUGUAUACAAUUGUAUGCACAUUUAGUUUUGAUGGCUGUAAUGUACUGUUCGUUACUUGCCUGCCUUUUUUUAAUGUUUUGUUAAGAGGAAUUUCAUUUAAUAAUCUAAAGUUUGCACAGAUGAAUCUUCUUGAGCAAAUGUUAAAUUUUAUUUGUAAACUAUUCUAAAAUUAACACAUGGUGCUUUCUUUGAACUUGAUUCCCAGCAAUAAUUAUCUUCGGAUGCAAUCAUUUGAUUGAAGAAUCAAUUCCAAAUCAAUUGAAGAUGGUGCAAGUCUAAAGUCUAACGAUAAUCCUUAUUUUUACAAAUGGAACCAAUAAGUAACAUUUUAAAGAUAAACUUCUUUCUGACAACAGGAAAUCAAAUAGAAACAUAUCUGAUAACAAUGUAAAACUGGUACCUUCUAAUAAUGUAUUACUAGCUAUCAUGAAUAGUCCAGCAGUUUUCGUACUGGAAUAGAAGACCCAUGCUAAUUAAAUCAUUAUCUCUAUUCAAUCUUUAAUUAGUGUUGUAUGCUAUUCCAACAUAAACCAUGAUGGGUCAUUCAGUAUAGCUUUAAUAUAGUUUGUCUCAGCAAAACCUCAGUUAUCUGAUGCAGUAAUUAUCCGCAUGUUUAAAGCAACAUUGUCUCUUGUGGUUUUUCAGAACCAAACUUUAUUUUGAAAUUGUAACAAAUGAAAGCUGUAGCUCGGCUGUCUCAAAGUUCUACAAGGAUCUGUGCAAUUUGUGUAAAAGCAUUGAGUGUGAAUGACACAAUGUACUGUUUGUGGUACUAUAAAUAAA